AUGAUCCUUCCUUUGCUUAUUUCUUUCUCUUUUCUAACCACCUCUACAACAGCAAAUAACAAUGGGACAAAUAUUUCUAACAAAAAAAUCCUUAUUGGUUUUCAGGCCCCGUGGAAUGUAUCUUACCCUUUCAGCGCGUUAAGGCUCGGAGCGGCCAUCCAGAUCGCCGUGGAGAAAGUAAACAAGAACCCAUCUAUUUUGGGGAACUACAGCCUGGAUUUCGUGUUCACGGACACACAGUGCGACCCCAAAGCGUCUCUGGGAGGGUUCAUCCAUCAGGUGUGGAAGGAGAACGUGUCUGCGCUGUUUGGACCGGCCUGUCCUGAAGAGGCAGAGGUAACUGGUCUCAUUGCAUCCACAUGGAACAUCCCCAUGUUUGGCUUUGUGGGUCAGUCUUCCAAACUGGACAACAGUUACGUGUAUGACUCUUAUGUGAAGAUCGUCCCACCAUUGAAACGCAGUGCAGAGGUUUUGGUAAAGACUCUGGAGUUUUUUGGCUGGAGAUAUGUGGCGAUGAUCGGAGGAGGGUUGGACUCAAACACAUGGGACAAAGUGGAUGCUCUGUGGAAAACCGUAGAAGACCCUCUCAGGAAGAACUUCAAACUGACGGCCGCUGUGAAGUUUGACACCAGUAACCCCCAGCUCCUCUAUAACAACAUCAAGUUUAUCGCCACGGUAGCAAGAGUUAUUGUGGUGAUUACAAACAGCGAGGACUCCAUGGCUCUUUUGAUGGAGGCUGAGCGACAAGGCCUAAUGAACGGGGAUUAUAUUUUCUUCUUGGUGCAACAUUUUGAGGAUAAUUUGUGGAAAUACGCACUAAACAACAGAAUAAACCAGGCGGCCAUUAGGGCGUUUGAGAUGGUGUUUGUGAUUGGACAGAAAUCCUACGAAGGUUACGAGUAUUACGACUUCUUUGACCAAGUUUAUGAAAAGCUCAAAAGUGCUCCAUUCAAUAGUAACCUCACAUCGGACAGAGAGGUUAGUCCCUACUCUGCUUACCUCCAUGACGCUGUGCUUCUUUAUGCAAUGGGCUUGAAGGAAGUGCUCAAAGAUGGAAAGGAUCCUCACGACGGACAGGAGCUUCUAAUAAGACUGAAAAACAAACAUAAUAUUCGAUUUUAUGGUGCUUCUGGGCUGGUCCAUUUUGAUGAGGACGGAGAGAGAAACUUGGAUUAUUCCAUAUAUGAUCUGCAGCACAUUGGAGACACCACAAAGUUUGUCCCUAUACUUAAUUUUGAAAGUCACACCAAAACAGUGAGACCGACUGCUAUGUUCCCUUCCCUGAUUUGGCCAAAGGGAAAACCACCGACUGACAACCCAGAAUGUGGCUUCAACAAUGAACUGUGUGAAUGGUUAACUAGUGAUAUCGCCCUCCUCAUGUUGUUAGUCAGCUUCCCUUUCAUUGGAGUAGUUGCUGUUUUGUGCAUCGGGGUUCUUGUGCUACAAAAGCUCCGCCUCCAAACCAAACUGGACGAUUCCUGCUGGUGGCUUAUAAACUAUAACGACAUCACAGUCAUCAGAGAGCCCACGUUGAAUAGAGCUUUGUCUUUGAGCACCACAUGCAGUCACAGCGGGAGUGGAGGGUCUCAGUCCAAUUUCUCAAACAACAGCUACGGCCUGAAAGACAAAACAGGGAAAGAAAAUGUGUAUGCCAGCAUAGGACUGUACCAGGGGAAUCAAGUUGCUAUCAAAUACCUCAAGGAUCACACAGGGAUCAAUGUUCAGAAGCCCUCCAUUAUUGCAGAGUUUAAUGCGAUGAAAGAAAUGAAACAUGAAAACCUAGUGCAGUUUUUUGGAGUUUGUAAUGAGCCCCCAAAUGUGUGUUUAGUGAUGCAGUAUUGCAGGAAAGGCAGCCUCAAGGAUAUCUUUGCUUCAGAUGCAGAGCUGGACAGUAUGUUUAAAGUCUCCUUCGCCUAUGAUAUUGUCAGUGGAAUGGAGUUCCUACAUAAAAGUUGCAUGAAGUUUCACGGUAACUUGAAGCCAAGCACAUGUCUGGUGGACAGCAGACUGCAGAUUAAACUGUCUGGCUUCGGACUUUGGGAAUUUAAAAAUGCUCACAAGAAAAGGAUUGCUUCACUGGAAAACCACAAGUAUGAAGAGAUGUACUGGACAGCGCCAGAGCUGUUAAGACAAGUUGGUCACCAUUGCUUUGGCUCGCCAAAGGGGGAUGUCUACAGUUUUGCUAUGAUCAUGUGGGAACUCAUGUACAACUCCAAAUCUGGUCCUUUCUCCGACUUCAACUUAGAGCCAAAAGAGAUAAUAAUGCAGUUGAGAAGUCCAUUCCAGGGUGAACCACUGCGUCCAUCUUUGUCUGAACAACUGUGUGAGGAAAAAAUAAACUCCCUGCUCCGAGCCUGCUGGAGUGAAAACCCCGACCACAGACCCCCCUUUGGGUCCAUACGAAGACAGCUCAAGGAGACCAGUCCAGAAAGUCAUGCAAACAUACUGGACAAUAUGGUGGAUAAGUUGGAGAAAUAUGCAAAUCAUUUGGAGGAGGUGGUGGAGGAGCGCACCAAUCAGCUGACGGCAGAGAAAACUCGUGCGGACAGGCUCCUCUCCAGUAUGUUACCCAGGUAUAUUGCUGAUCAGCUGAUGGCAGGAAAGUCAGUGGAGCCACGCAGUUAUGAGCUGGUGACCAUCUUCUUUUCGGACAUUGUUGGGUUCACGUCCAUGUGCUCCGUCAGCUCGGCCAUGGAGGUGGUCACUUUUCUCAAUGAUCUCUACAGCCUGUUCGAUGACAUCAUCAAGAUGUAUGAUGUUUAUAAGGUGGAAACGAUUGGUGAUGCGUACAUGGUGGCAAGCGGUUUGCCCAUCAGUAAUGGAAACAAACAUGCCAUAGAGACCUGUACCAUGGCUCUGCACUUUCUGAACGCCAUAAAAGGAUUCAAGAUCCGCCACAUGCCAAAUGAGAGUCUGUCCAUUCGUGUCGGGAUUCAUUCAGGUCCAGUUGUGGCCGGGGUGGUGGGGACAACAAUGCCUCGCUACUGUCUGUUUGGUGAUACGGUCAACAUGGCGUCCAGGAUGGAGAGUAACAGUUUACCACUUAAAAUCCAUAUAACACAAUCCACUGCAGAUAUUCUUCUUACAACUGGAAUCUUUGAGCUGGAAGAAAGAGGCGAGAUUGAAAUGAAGGGUAAAGGGAGUCAUAAAACUUACUGGCUACUGAACAGACAUGGGUUCAAUCCUCCUGCCAUUCAACACCACUCUCCACCAGCGGACAGCAUCAGACCGUCCCAAGAGAAACCAGGACCAUCGAAAACAGCAGAUAAAAGGAAAGCUCUGAUCAAACCCCAGAUGACCGAGAGCCAGAUGCCAUCGUAUGAUUACAACACAGAGGUCAGAGAGUCCAAGGUACACUUUGGUUGAUGUUCAAGGAGAGAUUAGCAACAUUAAACAUUUUCUCAACUAAAUGCCUGAUUAAUUACCUGAUUAAAAACACACCUGGAGUUGUGUUUUGUUUCAUUCAUACUUGUAACCAUUUAUUAUUAGUCUGUCUACAUCUCCAAAACUAAAAAUGCUCUGUUCCACCUUGUGAUGUCAAAAAGCGAUAGUUUUCAAGUUAACAGGUACCUUUCACCUUUAGUUCAGUAGAGAUUGGCAAUUCCAGGUCUGAAAUCAUCCAAAUGAUUUUAGUGAAGGUGUAUGGAGUUUAAAAACACAGUGGAGCACUUCCUUUAUUUCCACAUGACAUCACGUGCAACAGAGUAUAAUAUGUGCCCUUUAAAGCACCAUGUACAAAAUAAUUGUUAUUAAAAAAUGUUAAUUAUAUUAGAAAAUGUGUUUAUAUUGUAAUGAGAAAUUAUGUUUUAAUGAUAUUCAGGCAAAGACAUUUUAUCAAAAAAACAAUUUUAUUAUAGGAGAGUUGAAUGUGUUUGAAUGUGUAUUUAUUACGAGGGAAUGGUGUAU